CAGAAGGACCUGUGGCUGCCUGCUCCUUCCUCUCCUCUCUCCACGGACCCCCUUCUCCUGACCAGUUAUGGACCCCAGCGCCAUCAAGGAGGAGCUGCGCCUGUUCCAGAGCACCCUCCUGCAGGACGGCCUGAAGGAGCUGCUCAAUGAGAACAAGUUUGUGGACUGUACCCUGAAGGUGGGCGACCGCUGUUUCCCCUGCCACAGGCUCAUCAUGGCUGCCUGUAGCCCCUACUUCAGAGAGCUCUUCUUCACAGAGGACGGGAAGGAGGUAGAGAACACCAAAGAAGUGGUCCUGGAUGACGUGAACCCCAACAUUCUGGACAUGAUCAUCAGAUACCUGUACUCAGCUGAGAUUGACCUUACCGACGAUAAUGUGCAGGACAUAAUUGCUGUGGCAAACCGUUUCCAGAUCCCCUCUGUGUUCACAGCUUGUGUCAACUACCUCCAGAAGAAGAUCUCCCUGCCCAACUGCAUGGCCAUAUUUCGGAUGGGCCUGGUGCUCAGCUGUCCCAGGCUAGCCAUAGCUGCACGUAACUUCAUUGCUGACCGCUUUGAAUUCCUCCACAAGGACGAGGAGUUCCUCAAGCUCGCACCUCAUGAACUCUUUGCAGUCAUUGGUGGCGAUUCUUUGAAUGUGGAGAAGGAGGAGCUGGUGUUUGAAGCUGUCAUGUCUUGGGUCCGCCAUGAUAAGGAUAGUCGUGUCAAGAUCCUCAAAGAUGCCUUCAACUGUGUCCGUUUCCGCCUCCUUCCUGAGAAAUACUUCACAGAAAAAGUUGAGACAGACGAGAUCAUCAAGGCUGAUCCCGAGCUGCAGAAGACCAUCCAGAUUAUCAAGGAUGCCUUCAAAGGGAAGCUUCCAGAGAAACCCCCGAAGAAGGAGGGGGAGGAGGGUGAAGAGGAGGAGAACCUGUUCCCUGGUUUCCUGAACGACAACCCCAGGCAUGGCAUGUACAUGCGAGAUUUCAUUGUUAUGAUCAAUGACACAGCGGCUGUGGCCUAUGAUGUCAAUGAGAAUGAGUGCUUCCUGGCGGCCAUGUCCGAGCAGGUUCCACGUAACCAUGUGAGCGUAGUGACACAAAAGAAUCAGGUGUUCAUUAUUGGAGGACUGUUUGUGGAUGAAGAGAACAAGGAUGUGCCCCUGCAGUGCUACUUCUAUGUGUUGGAUCCUCUUUCGUCUGAAUGGCUGGCUCUGCCGCCCAUGCCCUCUCCGCGAUGCCUAUUUAACAUCGGAGAGAGUGAGAACCUGCUUUUUGCCAUUGCUGGCAAAGACCUCCAAACUAAUGAGUCGCUGGAUACUGUCAUGUGCUAUGAUAUUGAUCAAAUGAGGUGGAGCGAGACGAAAAAGCUUCCCCUGAAAAUCCAUGGACAUUCUGUAGUCUCCCACAAAGGACUGGUUUACUGCAUUGGAGGAAAGACAGAUGACAACAAAGCCCUCAACAAGAUGUUUGUGUACAACCACAAGCAGUCCGAGUGGAGGGAGCUGGCAGGCAUGAAGACCCCUCGGUCCAUGUUCGGAGCAGUUAUCCACAAUGGCAACAUAAUAGUGGCAGGUGGAGUGAAUGAGGAUGGUCUCACUGGUACCUGUGAAGCCUACAACUUUACUUCAAACAAGUGGGAGCCGUUCACAGAGUUUCCCCAGGAGAGGAGCUCUGUCAACCUGGUGAGCACUGGCGGGCUGCUGUACGCUGUGGGCGGCUUUGCCAUGGUGGAGAUGGAGAACAAAGAGGUGGCUCCCACGGAGGUCACAGACGUCUGGCAGUACGAGGAAGAUAAGAAGCAGUGGAGUGGCAUGCUGAGGGAGAUGCGUUAUGCUGCUGGCUCCUCCUGUGUGUCUAUGCGUCUCAACGCUGCCAGGAUGCCCAAACUGUAGUUUUUUUCCCCUUUUUGUAAACCUCAAGCAUCUUUUAUCCUCAUCCUCUGAACUCGGAUUUCUGUGUCAUCAGUCAAUCUUUGACAUUUCUAUCUCUUCAAAGAACAUACCAUCUCUCACAGCAACAAAAACAUUUAGAUGUAUCUGUAAAGCUGUUUACAUCAUU